UCUUGAUUCGAAUAUCGCGAUAGCUUCAUUCACAUUGAAGAUUUGCAUCCCGGCACUUCUCUACCGACAACUCCGCCGACGAGCGAAAAUACCAUCGGCUCUCUAACCAGUAACGAGACCCUAAAACACCAUAUUUAAGCUGCCCCUUAUACUUCUCACUUAGCCGGCGAAACCGACUUAGGAACCCCCUCCUCCCCAACCUCGAAACCCCCCAAACAAGCCCCCCCUCCCCCAAUUCGCCCGCCAGGGCACACGCACCGCCCAAAAUGGGACUAGCCAACGUCGUGCACAUGUGUUCGCACCUACAAAACGCCUCCCGCGCGCGCCUGGGGCUCACCUCCGUGCCCUUCACCAAGUACAACCUAAGCGUAGCGCUCGCCAUGCACCGAGCCGGCUACAUCUCCUUCGUGACGCGGGGGGGCGCACACCCGCCGGACCCGGCCACAAUCACGACGUACGAGCCGGCACCCCUGACGACGGCGAACGUGGCUAAGCAGCGCCUGUGGUUGGGACUGAAAUACAAUAUCUCGGGUGGUGGGACGCCGGUGCUGGGGACGAUGGUCGCGAUUACGACGCCGAAGCGCCCGCAUACCGCGAAGUUGAAUGUGCUGGAGCGGCUUGCGAGGGGUUUCGAUUCUGGCUCCUACCGCGGGUUGAAUAUCGGGGAGUCGCUUUUCAUGCAUACGAGCUUGGGCACGCUGGAGGUUCGGGAGGCCAUUGAGAAGAAGGUUGGCGGGUUGUUGCUGUGUCGGGUUGGGCCUCCUAUGAAAUAAUCUCCCUUGAUCGGAUUUGGUUAGGGCGUUUGUGUUGCUUCCGGAUGGCUGGUGCUGGCUGGGGAAGGUCAAGUUAAAGAACAGAAGUUGGAUGAGGGAUGCUUGAUGAAGCCAACACAUCCAUAUCUGUCUCACAUAGCUGAGAUUGAUAGGAGAAAGUGGCUAAGAGUCCUCAAUGGGCGAAAUGGUAUGAGCCAACGGUCUGGUUUACCAAACUCUCUGGCAUCCUGAGUAUGCUCCUCGAACGACUGGUAUGUCUGAAGGAACAUCUAGAUGAAGAGAGCGGUUAUCCAGGAAAUGGUGGCAGGCUCGAUGUGUACAAAAUCACAGACUACAACUAUAGAAAUGUACGAUACCUGCAUAUCAUGAUAUAACCAAUCAUCACUUCAUCUUGUACAAAA